CCCCUUUCUUUCUUAACCUAAUGUUGCGCAUUCUUCAAAGCCAAAAACUUUACCAACCCUUCGUUUCGAAUAGACACGCGUUACAAAGACGUACAUUAGCUUCUAUCUCCAACGAUUUAGAAAACGCUUACGAUGUAGUUAUUAUUGGUGGUGGUGUAGCAGGUGUCACUCUUGCUUGUUCUCUUGCGUCUAGCCCAUCCAUGCGCCACAACCGUAUUGCACUUGUGGAAGCGAUGGAUUUAACAGGCGUCCGAAACUGGGAACCACAAGCCGAUAACUAUUCAAACCGUGUUGUUUCUUUGACACCUGGUUCAAUGGGAUUCUUUGAAAAGAUUGGUGUUACAAAGCAUAUGGCAUUGGAUAGAGCAAAUGGAUAUCGCGAUAUGAGAGUAUGGGAUGGUGUGACAGGAGCAAAGAUUCAUUUGGAUGCAGCACUUUUAAAUGGAAGUGGACACAAGGUCAAGGAAAAUACAAUUGCAUACAUGGUAGAGAAUUUGAACCUUCAAUCAGCCGCAUUAAAACGUUUAGAUGAAUGUCGUGCUCAAGGUUCUCAUAUCGAUUUGAUUCAAAAGGUCAAAGUGGCCGAGAUUGAGAAAAAGGUUGAAGAUACACCACCCAAGGAAGGCCUUGAUCUUCAUGAUUGGCCUACUGUUCACUUGGACAAUGGUAGAAAAUUAAAGGCUCGUUUACUGAUUGGUGCAGAUGGUAUCAAUAGUCCUGUUCGUAGUUUCGCAAAGAUUGAUUCUCUUGGUUGGGAUUAUGAUGCUCAAGGUGUUGUAGCCACAUUAAAGCUUGAUCCUACACGUCCUAACAACACAGCAUGGCAAAGAUUCUUACCCACGGGACCUAUCGCUAUGCUUCCCUUGAGUGAAGGAUAUGCAUCAAUGGUUUGGUCCACCAGUCCCAGCACAGCCAAGGCCUUAAAGAAUGUUUCAUCUACUGAUUUCUGUCAUUUGGUCAAUGCAGCCUACCGCAUGUCUCAUGUGGAUCUCAAAUACCUUUACAAACAAAUCGAUAUGAACAGUUUUAAAUCUGCAUGCGAUAUUGCUGAGGAAUACAAUUGGAGAGAGAGUGUGGCCAAAAAAUCAUUAAACGAUCAGGAGAUUUUAGACCGAGAAUAUUCACUUCCUCCUCAAGUCGUGCAAGUACAAGAAAAAUCAAGAGCUUCUUUCCCCUUCAAAUUGAGAAACUCGGAGAGCUAUGUGGCGGAUCGUGUGGCACUUGUGGGUGAUGCAGCUCAUGCAACACAUCCCUUGGCUGGUCAGGGUAUGAACCAAGGUAUUUUGGAUGUCGAGUGUCUCGCUCAACUUUUGGAAAGAGGAACAGUGGAAGGACAAGAUAUUGGAAGUAUUCAUUUGUUAAGACAGUAUGCGUCUGAGAGAUACGUGCGUAAUAUCAUGAUGAUUAGUUCAUGUGAUAAAUUACAUCGUUUGUUCUCGACUGAUGCUGCUCCUGUUACUUGGGCUCGUUCGCUUGGUUUAAAUGCGGUGGAUAAUGUUGGGUUUUUAAAGGCUGAGAUCAUGAAGUAUGCUAUGGGUAUUGAAUACACUGGCGAAUUCAGACACUAAACAACAUUCCCCCCUCCAAGCAGUUUGUAAUUAAAUGAUCAUAAGCUUAAAGCAACCAUAUUUACUUUUGGUUAACAGCCUUGAUAAAUUGUAUAUGUAUGUCUCGUCCAGUUAUAAUGAUAUGUGUACAUAUAAUAUAUGCCACCCUCCCACAUCCUUUAUAUAUAUAUAUAUAUAUAUA